UUAUACUGAAGUCCCUGUAGUGGAUUGUAACUACUCAGUAGCAGAUCCUGUGAAAAGAAAUAUCUUCAACCUUGAAAGUUUUUUUUUCUCUAUAAUUUCAAGCAGGAGAGCACUUAAUUUGCAGGUCAUCUUAAGCCAUGAAGAUAUCCUGGUGUCCUGUUUUCACUGCAGUGCUGAUGCUGACAGAGGCAAUCUCAAAUAACAUGCAGUGUAACCUGAGAAUUCAGAGAAGUGUCCUGCUUGAGAGUAUCGCUAGCUGCUCUGAUGGUCCAUCAAAUAAUCAUGUUACAAACAACACCCAACAGCAAACUCCACUACAAUAUACAGCAAGAAGCUGCAAUGAGAUCAAAGAAAAAUAUCAAAUAAAGCAAGAUGGCUUGUACUAUCUAACUACAGAGGAUAGUGAGGUAUACCAGACAUUCUGUGACAUGACAACCAAUGGUGGGGGAUGGACCCUUGUGGCUAGUGUUCAUGAAAACAAUAUACAUGGAAAAUGCACCAGUGGAGAUCGUUGGACAAGUACUCAAGGAAACAAUCAAAAUUAUCCAGAAGGAGAUGGAAACUGGGUCAAUUUGGCCACAUUUGGUACAGCAAGUGGUGCAACCAGUGAUGACUACAAGAACCCUGGCUACUUUGACAUUGAAGCUGAAGACAUAUCUAUCUGGCAUGUCCCCAACAACACACCUCUCAAGAAAUGGAGACUAGAUGCUAUUCUACAAUACCACACUGAAACUAAGUUCUUCCCCAAAUACGGAGGCAACUUACAGGGACUGUUCAAGAAAUUACCUCUUGCAUGGAAUAUUGGAAGCUGCCCAGAUAAGAAUGGACCAGCUAUACCGAUUGUCUAUAAUUUUGGAAAUGCUGAAAAAACAAAGUACUUAUAUUCACCCUUAUGCAGACAUGAGUUCACUCCUGGUUUUAUCCAUUUUCGUGUUUUCAACAAUGAGAAGGCUGCAAUGGCAAUUUGUUCUGGGAUCAAAGUAAAUCUGUGUAACACAGAGCAUCACUGUAUUGGAGGUGGUGGUUUCUUCCCAGAAGGUAAUCCAAGUCAGUGUGGUGAUUUCACUGGAUUUGCAUGGGAUGGUUAUGGAACUGGUCAAGGUGCUAGUGUAACGAAAGAGAUGCUGGAAUCAGCUGUUCUCAUAUUUUAUCGUUAAAGGACUUUGGCUUCAGUGAAUAACAGUUACACUCAGCAUUGUUAAUCUGCAUUGCAUUAUACCUCACAGCUUACCUUGUGAUUUCACUAAUAUUUAACAGUGCUGUGUACUUGUUCAUUGCACUAUCAACAUUCAAAAAGUUCAAUUUGUUUUACUUGCAGUGCUGUAAAAGAUUUUCUUCUUUCCACCAAAACUACCACCAGGGGGCAUCAAAGCAAUGUGUACAGUUCACACAACUUUUAUUAGGAUAAUUACAGAAUGAGAACAGACUGAAGCAUGUCCAAAUGGAAGCAACAGGAACCAACUGUUAGAACAUUAGAAGGCUAAAAUAGAAACAACUUUGUGUAACUGUUGUCGAUCUUGUCAAUUUUGCACCCGACCUUUUAAUAAACUCAGAAAUGUUUGCUGCUAUACUGAGGUAGUGGAUUAAAACCAUAGACUAUCAGUAGUGUUAGCUGCAUUUAUGAGUUUAAAUGUAUAUUUAUGUAUUUUUUAUCUGUUUCUAACUUCCCACAUUAUUAGAACAGGUGUAGCUAAUACUAUUGUAUUAUGAUGAUGAAAAUUAAUCCACUCAUUUUAGACUAAAUUCAUUUUUCAGACUUGCUUACCUGGUUUACUUUACUUUUUGGAGGAUUUACUUGGUCUUAAAAAAGUAAAAACCAAACGUAAAAUCUACCAAG